AUGUCAUUCUUUGGCACGCGACUCUCAUCGGCAGUCACUCAGCUGCGCGGUGAGCUCAGCGCUGCCCCGCAAACCGCCAAUGACACGAUCACCAAGCUUGUUGAGAAGAUCCAAACGUCGCCGCAGGUCGAUGACCGACGAACGGCUGUCCUGGGUCUCAAGGGCCUCAGUCGAGACUGGAAGGCUGACGUCGGAACUGCGGCCAUGCCGUCACUGAUUGCUGUUCUCCGACAUGACGCCCCCCACGACGUUGACAUCGCCAAGGCCGUACUCGAGACUCUCAUGCAGCUGUGCGAGACGCAAGAGAAGCCGGCGAAAGACGACGUCGGGCUGAAGCACAUCGACCAGCUCCUCGAGCUCCUGACGGCCCGCCCAGCGCAUGCCCAGUCGUAUGUCCUGUCUGCACCCCCACCGGGAGUCGAUGGUGUUCUCACGGUGCUGGACCCGAGUGCGAGUGUCGGUACGGGCACGAUGGGAGGCGGUGCGGGUGAGAUGCUUCGCAAUGAGGGCCUGCUCCUCCUCCCGGCGCUGUUGCAGGGUAACUCGGACCUCCAGAAGAUCGUUGCAUUCUCGGGAGCGUUCGAGAAGACGCUCGACAUCAUUCACUCGGAGAACGGCAUCGAGGGUGGCAUCGUCGUCCAGGACGCGCUCACCGUAAUCGGCACGCUGUUGCGCUUCAACGUCUCGAACCAGAACCUGUUCCGCGAGCUCAGCCUCAUCCCGCAGAUCCCGCCGAUGCUGCAUUUCCCGUCACCGAUCGGACCCGACGAGCAGGCUCCUGACGCCUUUGCACUCCAGGACUGGCCGGAACAGAAAAUGUACAAUGCCGGCCUGGUGCUCGGUCUCGUCCGCAUGCUCGUCGGCGGCCCCGGUGGAGGCAACCAGACCGCGAUGGCUAAGGACGGCGUCACGCGCUGCCUGCUCGAGCUUGCGCUUGCUUCCAACGCCCCCAACAGCCUGAAGUGUCUCGCCCUCAAUACUCUGACGCCUAUCAUGCUCGGGUCGUUGGCGAACCAGCAGCUCAUGUCGUCGCUCAAGGUCGCGCCCCUGGUGCCCGUGCACGCUGACGACGAGCACCCGAACGGAGGAUUUGUGCGGCUUCCGCUGCAGUCGACAGUUGAGGCCCUGGUCUCGUCCGUUGUCGAGGGUGACCCGUCAGCAGGCGGUAAGGCGCUCCGCAGCCGGGCAGCCGGAGUUAACAUGUUCGAGGUGAGUUUCAGAGUUCUGGGCUCUACUAACUCUCAGGCGUACGUCAGUGGAAACGAUGAUGCGCGGAUAGGAAUUCUGGAGUCUAUGUCUGCUCCCGGAGCAGAGGGCGGAGAGACACGGACGGCUGGCUCGAUGAUCCUGAACGGACUUCUCGACCUUCCCUCAGCCGAGACGCAGUUCGACCCGUACCGACCGCUGUUCUCGUGUCUGUUCCUCUCCCACCUUAUCCGCGACAGUGAGCACGCGAAGAAGCUCGCUCGCGAGAUUUCCCUGGGUGGUGACGACGAGGACGACAAGGUAUCUCUGAUCCAGCUGGUUGUGGGCAACUUCAUGAUGGCUUCUCGCGCGCAGGCGGAGGCGACGAGCCGGGCAAUCAAGGACGGCGCCUCCGGACACGAGGAGGAGGACUGGACGCGCAUCAUGGUGGGCUAUCUCGUUCUCCUCUGCACGUGGCUGUGGGACAGCCCGAAGUCUGUCGCCGAGUUCCUGAACGAGAGCAACAACCUGCAGACGCUCAUCGGCCCCAUCACGCAGAGCCAGGGCAUCGACCCGCUCGUUCAGGGCCUGUGUGCCUUCCUGCUCGGCGUGUGCUACGAGUUCAACCGGGAGCCGAACGACGUGACGCGCGCGACGCUGCACCCGAUCCUUCACUCGCGUAUCGGGCCCGACCAGUUCGUCUCCCGCAUGGCCCGGCUGCGCGAGGAUCCGCGUUUCCGCGCCGUCCAGCCGGAUACAUUCGAGGAGGGUGCCCAGCCGCCCGACGAGUCCGCCCCGGAACCCGAGACGGACGAGGACGUCGAGCUGUGGUUUGACUGGGCGUUUGUCGACUUCUGGAAGAACCACUAUUACACGAUCCAGCGAUCCAUCGCGAUCGAGCCGGACGCGGUGCGCGGCUCGCACCAGACGGACGGAAACGAGGACGUCAUCAUCUCGCUGCGCCAGCAGCUCAAGACCCAGACCGAGGACAACCUCAAGUACCAGGCUCGCCUGGCGACGAUCAAGGCGGACCACGCGAAGGAUCUUGAAAAGCUGCGCGAGGACCAGGAGAAGGAGGAGCUGCGCAAGGAGCUCGAGGUCCUGCGACACAUGCCCCCGCCCCCGAGUGCGCCGGACGGAAGCGCCGAGCUCGAGCAGCUCCGCGCGGACCUGACCAGUGCGAAGGCUCAGAUCGCGACGAAUCUCCAGGAAGCCGCCGCGCACGCCGAGACCAAGGCGCAGCUCGCCGCCCUCCGCGACGAGCUGGAGGAGGAGAAGAAGGCGCUGACGGAGGCCAAGGAGCGCGCCAACAAGGCCGAGAAGGCCGAGGCGGACGCCAAGGCUGCUGCCGAGGCUGCUACCUCCAAGCCCGAGUUGAAGGACGAGGGCAAGGACAAGGCGGACGCGACCGAGCUCGAGAAGGUCCAGAAUGAACUGAAGGAGCUGAAGGACAAGCUCGAGAAGGCCGAGGCGGCGCAGAAGAAGGCGGAGGCUGACGCCAAGUCUGCCUCCGAGGGCAAGUCCAAGGCGGAGGAGGAGGCGAAGAAGGCCGCCGAGGCUCAGAAGAAGGCCGAGGACGAGAAGAAGAAGGCGGAGGAGGCGCAGAAGGCCGCAGAGGAGGCGGCCAAGAAGGCCGACUCGGCCGGAGGAAAGGGCAAGAAGGGCAAGGGCGGCGCUGGCGGUGGCGGGGGAGGCAACGCCGAGCUCGAGGCCAAGGUCAAGAAGCUCGAGGAGGAGCUUUCUUCCGUCAAGACCGAGCUCGAGGACAAGGAGCGCGAGCACGAGGACCUGCUCGUGCUGCUUGACGAAUUAUCCCAGAAGCGCAAGAGCGACAAGGCCGCUAUGCGCGAGAAGGGCAUGGAUGUUUCCGAGGACGAGGACGACGAUGAGGACGACGAGUAG